GUAACGUAAGCUGUGUAUAAAAACCGGCAAGUACGACAGGCUUGCGGCGCGGGUAGUACCGGUUACCCGGCCGUCGCCACCGCACGUAAGCUCAGCUCCCCGUACCGCGCGCUACACACGCACCCUGCCACUCCACACUGAUACUAGAUAAUGCUAUAUUCACUUUGCACAAACCUCACCUUUUUAUUUAUAAAGUGCCGUAGGUUAUUUAAUGCUAUGUAGUUGUAAUAUUUGGCAAAAUUGAGAGAUUAACAGAAUUUAGCAAAGUAUUUACCUAAGUUAAUAGAGAGGCAUAAUAUUUACUUAUAGCAAAACUAUUGUGUUGUUACAGUUACGAAAAGCAACAUUUGACCAAAAAUGUAUCUAUACAAAUAGAAGUUUCGAUUCCGGAAGAUGAGUUUGUUCGUUGACUUGCGUCAGAUUAAGUCUUCCGUAACAAAUCUUUCAGAAAUGGUCGAUAGAAUAUCUACGUCUGUUGUGAAAGACAAGAAACAGGAAGAUCCAAUCCAAAAGCAUGGCGAUUCGAGUCUUUUUGGCGGGUCAAUUUAUAAACCGACCACGCUGGGUUUUGGUGUGCGUUUCUCUCAAAGCCAAGAAGACGUAUUCCAUGAUAUGCCUUCCUCAAGAUUGCGCAGUCAUAUGUCUUUACCGAAUUUGGGAAAAGGAGUCUUUGAUAAACCAUCAACAUCCCGACGAGAUGAUCGUCCAUCGAUAGUCGAAGUAGAUGACGACAAACAUGACGUGAAACCCAUCAUACAAUUGUCUGCAGAAAAUCUCAACGAUUUAAUAGCAGCUUCCAUAACCCGGCGACCACAUUUCGACGAUAGCGGAGACACUCAUCCAAUGGAUUUUAUAGAAAACGUGAAAUAUUAUAUUUCCGAACUAAACAUGCCCGAAGAGAAACAACUGUCAUUUAUAAUAUCGUGUCUGGACGGAGUGCCUUUAAUGUGGGCACGGUGUUUCAGAAGCGAGUUUAAAGACAUCGAAAGUUUUUAUAACGCUUUCGAACAAGAGUUCUGGGGUGCGGACAGACAGAAGUCGGCUUUGUACGAUUUAAAGUUGGGUAAAUAUGAUGAGGCAAAUUCUCGGAUGAGUAUGUCGGAAUACUUUUUACAUAAAGUGUCAAAUUAUAGACAUUUGAGUCCUCCACCUUCGGAUUUGGAGAUAGUUUACUCUCUGGCGGCGCACUUUCCGUCGGCAGUGGAGCUGGAGCUGCGGCUGACGCCGAAACCUACGUUGCGUGAAGCGUACCGCGUGCUGCGGCGGCGGGAGGGCGAGGCGGCCGACUUCCUUCCUAAUUACUUGUUCGAGAUGUGCGAGGCGUUCCAGCGCGGCCAGCGGCCGGAGUCCGCGCGGCGCCACGACGCGCACUCCUCGCUCAGCGAACACGACAUUAGAGAAACCAAAAAAUAGUAAUAAGUAACCAUAAAUCCUAGCACUUGACAGUUGCAAUUCGUGUUACGUCAAAACAAAGGUUAAAUUGUAAGCAACGAACACUGCCACGUACAGUAAUAUAGCAACACACUCUCAAACACAUAAAUGUUUAUGUGUAAACAGCAAUAAACCAAAUAUAGGAAA